UACAAUGUUGCCUAAUCCAAUCAUUGCAGUGUCAAAAAAUUGAAUGAAUGAAGAAGAAGAAGAGGAAGAGGAAGUGAAGGUAACAUUACAAAAUCAAAAAUCAAAAGAUCUAAAAAAAAUAGAGAAAGAAAGCAGAGGCAGGGAGGGGAUCGAAUCAACCUCGAACACACAAAAUACAGUUACCGAUUUUUAGUUCUCUCUCUCAUUCAUUCUCUCUCUUUCUCUCUUUCUCUCUCUCCCUCUCUCUCUCUCUCUUCUCUUCGUUGCGAAACUGAAUUGAAUGCUGAUAGGAUCAAUCAUCAAUAAGGUAGAAAGAGAGAAGAAGAAGAGGAGGAAGAAGAAAGAAGAAGAAGAAGAAGAAGAAGAAGAAUGAGCGUGAUUUCUCGGAACAUAUGGCCCGUAUGCGGCAGCUUGUGUUGUUUCUGUCCUGCGUUGAGGGAGCGUUCAAGGCAUCCAAUCAAGCGUUACAAGAAGCUCCUUGCUGAUAUCUUCCCUAAAAACCAGGACGAGGAACCCAAUGAUCGUAUGAUUAGCAAGUUAUGUGAAUACGCCGCCAAAAAUCCCCUUCGCGUUCCUAAGAUAACGAGCUAUCUUGAGCAAAGGUGUUAUAGGGAGUUGAGAAAUGAGAACUACCACGCUGUAAAAGUUGUCAUUUGUAUCUACAGGAAGUUGUUGGUUUCUUGUAGGGACCAAAUGCCUUUGUUUGCAAGUAGCUUGCUUAGUAUUAUACAAAUUCUUCUUGAUCAAACACGGCAUGAUGAAGUGCAGAUUUUAGGCUGCCACACCUUGUUUGACUUUGUGAACAAUCAGACGGAUGGUACUUAUAUGUUCAAUCUAGAUGGCUUCAUUUCAAAACUUUGCCGUCUAGCUCAAGAAAUGGGAGAAGAUGCAAAAAUACAAAAUUUGCGUGCUGCUGGAAUUCAAGUCCUUUCAUCAAUGGUUUGGUUCAUGGGAGAAUUCUCUCAUAUUUCAGUUGAAUUUGACAAUGUUGUUUCAGUUGUUUUGGAAAAUUAUGGUGAAGUCCAGAAAGAUGCUCAACGGAAUGCAGCCAGGCUCUAUUCUUGGAAAAUGAUAGUGAAUGAAAAAGGAGAACUUCAAGUGUCAAAGGAGGAUACAGCAAACCCUGGAUUCUGGUCACGAGUUUGCAUACAGAAUAUGGCAAAGUUAGCCAAGGAGGGUACAACUGUUCGACGAGUUUUGGAAUCCUUGUUCCGCUAUUUUGAUAAUUCAAAUCUCUGGUCUCCUGAUCAUGGUCUUGCUCUUUCUGUCUUGCUUGACAUGCAGUCGAUAAUUGAAAAUUCUGGACAGAAUACACAUUUGUUGCUGUCCAUUUUAGUCAAGCACCUUGAUCACAAGAAUGUUUUAAAGAAUCCUAAUAUGCAACUUGACAUUGUUGGCGUUAUUAGUUGUGUUGCUCAACAUACAAGAUCUCAACAAUCUGUUGCCAUUAUUGGUGCAUUGAGUGAUAUGAUGAGGCAUCUACGGAAAAGCAUACACUGCUCCCUUGACGAUUCAAGUCUGGGGGCUGAAGUGAUACAAUGGAACCAAAAAUACCGACAAGAAGUAGAUGAAUGCCUUGUACAGUUAACAACUAAGAUUGCAGAUGCAGGUCCUGUUCUCGACACAAUGGCUGUGAUGCUGGAAAAUAUGUCUAGUAUUACAGUUAUGUCCAGGACCUUGAUUUCUGCAGUUUAUAGAACUGCUCAAAUAGUCGCGUCAAUACCGAAUUUGACAUAUCAGAACAAGGCAUUCCCCGAGGCUCUAUUUCAUCAGUUACUCUUGUCGAUGGUCCAUCUGGACCAAGAAACCAGGGUGGGUGCACACCGCAUAUUUUCUGUUGUUCUUGUGCCAUCAUCCGUUUGUCCACAACCUCAACAUUCAGCGGAUAUUCAAAGGGUGCUUUCAAGAAACACGUCUGUCUUUUCUUCUUCAGCUGCACUCUUUGAAAAGUUGGAGAGGAAGCCAGCUACCAUUCAAGAAGAAAGUCAUUCAGAUGGAAACACUGGUGAUAACUCUAUUUUUAACAGAUUGAAGUCAACUUAUAGUCGGACAGCUAGUAGAAGAUCUUCUUCUAUUGAAUCUCUGGAGAGAAAGAAUUCAAAGGGUAGUAGUUCUAUAAUAAAUAGAUUAAAGUCUAGCCGAUCAGGUAGUGUAAGAAGGACUCAGCCCGAAGAAAAUAAUACUACAGAUAGUUCCAAUAAACAACUGGCAUUACCCCUUAGGUUGAGUAGUCAUCAGAUUACUCUUAUGCUAUCAUCUAUCUGGGCUCAGUCCGUCUACCCCAUGAACACCCCUGAAAAUUUUGAAGCAAUUGCUCACACCUUCAGCCUUGUCUUGCUUGUUGCUCAGAGUAAGAAUUCCUCUUAUGAGGCCUUAACUGAAAGUUUUCAGUUGGCAAUUUCCUUGAGGAGCAUUUCCCUCAAUGAUAAAGUCAAACUUCAACCAUCACGGCGCAGAUCUCUCUUUACACUGGCAACAUCCAUGAUUGUUUUCACUUCCAAGGCCUACAAUAUUGGUUCUCUCAUUUCUAUUGCUAAAAUGCCACUGACAGAUAAGACAUGUGAUCCAUUCCUGCAACUGUUAAACGACAGCAAGUUACAAGUUGUUCUUGAUACAGCUAGACAUUCAAGUAGAGUUUAUGGAUCAAAAGAGGAUGACGCAGCUGCUUUGAAGUCACUUUCAGCUAUAAAAUUGACAGAAAGCCAGUCUAAAGAAUCAUUUGCUACCAUGAUAGUACAGGGUCUAGGAAUUCCAAUAGAUGAAUCAUCCACCUUAAAAGAAGAGCUACUUCGUGAAUUUUCACCUGAUGAUGCUUGUCCACUAGGAGCCCAAUUAUCUACUGAGACAACAGAAAUCUAUCAGGCCGGGUUGAAAGAUGAUAAACAUUCCGAUAUGGUUGAUAUUCCAUUAUUUACUAUGGAUGACGACAUUCCAUCUAACGGAAUGGAAAUCCAAGUUCAUCCUAAUGCACAGCAGCCUUUAGGAAAUACAAACCUUUUGAGUGUUGAUGACAUUUUGGGUUCAGUUUUGGACACAACCAAUCAUGUAGGGAGAAUUUCUACAUCAACGGCUCCUGACAUGAGUUACAAAGAAAUGGCUCUCCAUUGUGAGAACCUCCUCAUGGGAAAGCAAGAGAAGUUGAAUGUUUUCAUGGCUUCCAAUACAUUGCAAUCAUCAUUUAGGUUUGCUCCUCCUAUGUACAACCAUGAGGACUGGGACAAGGGCACUUCUGCAAAUUCCAAUCUUCAAAUGACUUCUAUGAGUGGAAAUCCAUUCUUGGAUCCUCCAAACAUGGGUCCUAAUUCACUCAACACAUUUCCUGACUCUGCUCCAAGGCAUUGUGGAACUGCAUACCAACAUCAGCCUAACUUCUUUCAACUGCCAGCGGCACGCCCGUAUGAUAAUUUCUUGAAGGCCGCCGGAUGUUGAUUCACGGCAGAUGCAGAAAAUAGAGCAGCUAUGUCGACAAUGAAUUGGCAACAACAUUUAUCAAUUAUAUUUAUUCUUCUUCUGCUCUGACUUGCUUGGUGUAUAUCCUUUUAUUUAGUUGCAUCCUUGCAUUCGGAGCUGUUUAUAAAUGUAUAGAUAAAUCCCUUUAUAUGAGAGUGAGUUUGCAUUCUUUUUCCUUUUGUUUAUUGUCCACAUCUGAUUUCAUUAUGGGGACAUGAGAAUUUUGUAAAGGCAAUUUCUUGUAGAUGGAAAUUCCAAUCUGCUUAUCAAUCAGAAAGACAUGAGAAGAGUUUUAAUCUUAUUCAGAAUGUUCUACUUCUUCUUCCG